AUGUCACUUGAUUGCCAGCAGGUCCCUGUGCUGGCAGGUAGCGCCGUUUUGGCCUCUCUGGGGGUCUUUUUCCUGUACGCCGCACGCCCCUCCGCCUACGGGAAGCACUUGGAGAGCCUGGCGCCCGCUGGUCCCCGCCUGCCGGCGCGUGCCGCCUGGUUACUACAGGAGCUGCCCUCUUUUGCGGUGUCUGUGGGGAUCCUCGCCCAGCAGCCCCGCGCUGUCCUCGGCCGGCCGGCCAAUGUACUUCUGGGUCUCUUCUGCGCACAUUACUUCCACAGGACAUUUGUCUAUUCACUGUUCACCAGAGGGAGGCCUUAUCCAGUUUUCAUAGUUUUUGAGGCCAUGGCCUUCUGUACGGGAAACGGGUUCCUGCAAAGCUACUCUCUGAUUUACUGUUCUGACUACCCAGUGGAGUGGUACACAGACAUACGCUUUAGCCUGGGUGUCUUCUUAUUUAUUUUGGGACUGGGAAUCAACAUUCACAGUGAUUACAUAUUGUACCAACUCAGGAAGCCUGGAGAAAUUGUCUAUAAGAUUCCUCAAGGUGGCUUGUUUACGUACAUCUCUGGGGCCAACUUCCUUGGUGAGAUUGUGGAAUGGUUUGGCUUUGCCCUGGCCACCUGGUCUCUCCCAGCACUUGCCUUUGCGUUUUUCACGCUGUGUUUCCUUGGACUGCGAGCUUUUCACCACCACAGGUUCUACCUCAAGAGGUUUGAGAACUACCCCAAAUCUCGGAAAGCUCUCAUUCCAUUCAUCUUUUAAAAGAAACCAAAUCAAAAAAGGAACAGAGCUCCCACAAUCCUGUCGAAACUCAUCAAACUGCUGAACCCAUAACUUCUGAUGUUCUGCUCUGUGAGUGUCUGUAACCACAGGUCUCCUGGUGUUCUGACAGCUGGUGUCAGGAUUCUGGGUGUUGCCUCCUAUCCUCCCCUGGAGCCUCUAUCUUGAUCUCCUGUUGAAGCUCACCACGCCCUGUACCAUUUAGAGACAUUGGUUUCUUAGCUAUUCCUCCUAGAAAGUGCAAACAUUCUCUAUGUAAUUUUAUCUUUGGCUGAUCCAAGAACAUAUGGCUUAACCUCUACUCUGCAGCAAGGUAACGUAGCUCUGUAUUCAAGACAGUUCUGGGUUCAGAGCCAUGUUCUUAGGAUGUAGUGAAGGUAGACAUUUUACAUCUCUAUGAAUGAGCAGAGAUUUAAAUUCUGAAACUACACAGCUCCAGAGAAAAUCUACUUCCAAAUGAAUGCCCAGCCCUACCACUUCCCCUCUUAGUUAUGAAAGAUGUGGAAAGGUUGGCAGACUUUUAAUAGAGGAGGCUUCUCUUCACAUUGCUGAACAUGCACCUAUGCAUCGACCGCAUUUCAGACCUUAGUCCAUUGUCUUAGUGACUCUGUUUCCCUGAAGUGUCACAACCCUUGUUGGAGAGAGCAUAACCUAACCCUGCAAGCUUGGUAUGCAUUUCAUUGAAAAUCAGGAUUUAGUGGCUACAAAGAAAACAAAACCACAAUACUAGAUGACUACUGAAAGAAAAGAUGUUUGCAAUAGGCACUGAAAACUCUCAUAUUCUUGAUAACUGCUGGAAACACCCAAAUAGUGAGCAAGUAGUGAGGGACUCCUCUCCUGGAAUUUCUUCAUUGCACACCUCAGCAUGCAAUAAAAAAGGUAUCUCCUUUCACCUUGAAAGAUCUGAGGAUGAUGUAAAUGACUGGAAAACACAACUUGUAAUCAUAUAAAUAAGUGCUUUGGCUGCUCAUUAAAUGCCUCUUGAGACAUGGAAUGUUAAGUAAUUUUGCUUCAAUUGAAAGAUCUCUGGACUCAUGCAGAUUUUUACAAGGUGUUGAGUUGUGUUUCCUCCUUGCCCCCUCCUUUAAGUGUUAUAUUCUUUCUUCUCUUUUUGCCGACAUGAAAUGAAGGGCUCUGAGCCAAAAAUACAGAAGCAUGACUAUAGAGCUUUAUCAUAGCUCAGAACUGCAAGCAGGUGCA